UCGUGGUAAGUUAUUAACAGUGUUCAUCGCCUCACUUGUAAACAUUAAGUCGACUAAAAUGUGUUACUUAAAAUAAAAACUUGGAGGAUUUAAUACUUAACUACGUCAUUAACACUAUAUAAAGAUGCGAGUGGAUGGACAUAAGAAAGAUACAGGAGGCCACCCCACACAAACAUCUCCCACCACAACACAAGAUUAAAGCUGUAUAAAACAGGAGGCAGAACAAUUCCUCACAACUGUACAAUAAGUCAGUACAGUAUGAGGAUUAGUGAACAUCUUCAAAAGAACAUUGUAAGCAAGAUUAAGGUAAAUUGUCAACUCUCCAAGUCUUAAGUUACAAAUUUGAAAGGCAAGUUGGUGUUCUAGGAAACAGUGAGAAUAAAAAGAACAUUCACACAAGUGAAUCUUCUCCUGAAAAUACCAAUUAAGUGGUGCACUGUGUUAUAUAUUGUUUAAAUACAGUAUGAUGAGGGUUGCAAUGUUUCUACCUAAACAACUACCUUGUGACUCUUAUGCCUGUGUACACUGCUGAUAAGCGUUCCAUUAUAUAAAUGCGACAAGUGUUUGUCUGCCGUGCUUGUAUACUGGUGAGACAAAGUUUUCUUGUAAAUAUUCCUCAUACAAUAGUGAGCUCAAGAACCACAUACAUGUGCAGAAUUAUUAAUGCAAAUUUAGCUGUGAAGAGUGGAUAACUUUUUUAUACAGUCAAAAGUUACCCAAAAGUGUGUACACUGAGGGAAAUAUUUUCUAGUAUGGAGUGUUGUAAAGUUUGUAAAAGAUGGCCCAGUUUAUGAAUCAAAUAGCUGGACAUGGUGGCCAAAAUAAUUAUGAGUGUGUACAGUGUGGUGAUUUAUUUUACAGUAGUGAUUCUCUGAAGAUGCAUACCUGUAUGGCCGAACACAUUGAUGAGAUAAAUAUUAAGUAUGAAGAAGUUGAUGAAAGUUUUAACAGUAACUUUGAUGUGACACAACAUGUGACUGUUGAUGAGAAAGAUAUUAAGUGUGAAGAGUUUGAUGAAAGUUUUAACAGUAACUAUGAUGUGACACAACAUGUGACUGUUGAUGAGAAAGAUAUUAAGUGUGAAGAGUUUGAUGAAAGUUUUAACAGUAACUAUGAUGUAACACGACAUGUGACUGUUGAUGAGAAAACUCGUAAAUGUCUGGAAAGUGGUCAAAGUUAUAACCAAAAGGGACAACUAAAGGAACAAAUAGUUGUACACACUGGUGAAAAGAAUUUUAAGUGUGGAGAGUGUGGUAAAAGUUAUUACAGGAAGAGCCAUCUGAAGAAGCAUAUGGUUGUACACACUGGUGAGAAGAAUUUUAAGUGUGGAGAGUGUGGUAAAAGUUAUUUCACAAAGACCCAUCUGAAGAAUCAUAUGGUUGUACACACUGGUGAGAAGAAUUUUAAGUGUGGAGAGUGUGGUAAAAGUUAUUACAGGAAGAGCCAUCUGAACAGCCAUAUGGUUGUACACACUGGUGAGAAGAAUUUUAAGUGUGAAGAGUGUGGUAAAAGUUAUUCCAGAAAGAGCUAUCUGAAGAAGCAUAUGGUUGUACACACUGGUGAGAAGAAUUUUAAGUGUGAAGAGUGUGGUAAAAGUUAUUACACGAAGAUCCAUCUGAAGAACCAUAUGGUUGUACACACUGGUGAGAAGAAUUUUAAGUGUGGAGAGUGUGGUAAAAGUUAUCACAGAAAGAACGACCUGAAGAGCCAUAUGGUUGUACACACUGGUGAGAAGAAUUUUAAGUGUGGAGAGUGUGGUAAAAGUUAUUUCACAAAAACCCAUCUGAAGAGCCAUAUGGUUGUACACACUGGUGAGAAGAAUUUUAAGUGUGAAGAGUGUGGUGAAAGUUAUCCCAGAAAAGGUGAACUGAAGAGCCAUAUGGUUGUACACACUGGUGAGAAGAAUUUUAAGUGUGAAGAGUGUGGUAAAAGUUAUUCCGUAAAGCGCUAUCUGAAGAAGCAUAUGGUUGUACACACUGGUGAGAAGAAUUUUAAGUGUGAAGAGUGUGGUAAAAGUUAUUACACGAAGAUCCAUCUGAAGAACCAUAUGGUUGUACACACUGGUGAGAAGAAUUUUAAGUGUGGAGAGUGUGGUAAAAGUUAUCACAGAAAGAACGACCUGAAGAGCCAUAUGGUUGUACACACUGGUGAGAAGAAUUUUAAGUGUGGAGAGUGUGGUAAAAGUUAUUUCACAAAAACCCAUCUGAAGAGCCAUAUGGUUGUACACACUGGUGAGAAGAAUUUAAGGUGGAGAGUGUGGUAAAGUUAUUUC